GUAGAAUUUAAGGACUGACACAAACUAGCCAUGGGGGACAGCACUUUGCAACCGUUGCUUUACUUCAAGUCAGUGGUCCAUGCAUCAUCUGACGCAAUCGAAGGGCUGCUAGAGAGCGAGCCGUUGCCAUGUGGGUGGGUGACACGGGUCACUGUCUGGGAAUCAAAGGUCCUGUGGAUCCUAUCCGGUUCAUCGAUCAUCGUGUCCAUUUUCAAUUUCAUGCUUAGCUUAUCGACCCAAAUGAUGGUGGGCCAUCUAGGGGCUCUAGAGCUGGCUGGGGCAUCUAUAGCUAAUGUUGGAAUUCAAGGGCUUGCUUAUGGAAUCAUGCUAGGCAUGGCUAGUGCAGUACAAACUGUCUGUGGCCAAGCCUACGGGGCCAAGAAAUACAACGCAAUGGGGAUAAUCUGCCAGAAGGCCAUCAUCCUACACCUAGCAGCUGCGUUCGGCCUCUCAUUUCUCUAUUGGUACUCUGGCCCUGUCCUCCGAGCAAUAGGUCAAUCGCCAGAAAUAGCAGUCCAGGGUCAGAUAUUCGCACAUGGUCUGAUCCCACAGCUCUAUGCAUUUGCACUCAACUGUCCAAUGCAGAGAUUUCUUCAGGCUCAGAACAUUGUAAACCCCUUAGCUUAUAUAGCUGUGGGUGUUUUCUUAUUGCAUUUGCUUCUCACAUGGUUGGCUGUUUUUGUUUUGAAAUAUGGACUUUUUGGAGCUGCUCUUACACUCAGUUUUUCUUGGUGGCUCCUUGCAAUCCUGACUGGGGUUUAUAUAGUCCUGAGCCCAUCUUGCAAAGAGACAUGGACUGGGUUAUCUACCAAGGCCUUUUUUGGGUUGUGGUCCUAUCUUAAGCUAACCGUCUCGUCAGCUUUUAUGUUAUGCCUGGAGAUAUGGUACAGCCAAGGGCUAGUGCUUAUAUCAGGCCUCCUCCCCAAUCCUGAAAUUUCACUCGAUUCCAUUUCCAUAUGUAUGAAUUAUCUGACGUGGGACAUGAUGUUCAUGUUGGGCCUCAGUACAGCAGCCAGCAUUCGAGUAGGCAAUGAGCUUGGGGCCGCACAUCCAAGGGUGGCUAGAUUUUCCGUGUUUGUCGUGGUGGGGACAUCCGUCAUCAUCAGCUUAAUCUUCAGCGCUAUUGUUUUGAUAUUUCAUUCCCCAUUAAGCAAGCUUUUUACUAGUGAUAGUGAGGUUAUUGAGGCAGUCUCCAACCUGACUCCAUUGCUUGCCAUCUCUGUCUUCUUGAAUGGAAUUCAACCCAUUCUUUCAGGUGUGGCCAUCGGGAGUGGGUGGCAAGCAUUAGUGGCCUAUGUUAACCUUGGGACCUACUACAUUAUUGGUCUCCCCAUUGGCUGUGUUCUUGGGUUCAAAACAAGUCUGGGAGUUGCAGGAAUUUGGUGGGGGAUGAUUGUGGGAGUGGGAUUGCAAACUAUAACACUCAUUAUCUUGACAGCCAGAACGAAUUGGAAUAAUGAGGUCGAUAAAGCAGUUGAUCGCAUAAAGGGGUCAGAAGAUGAAGAUGCUCUAGUCUUAGUUAACAAUAUUGCGUGAUUUCUCCAUGUGCCAUAAAAAGUUCAGUUCUCCCAUAUAUGAAGGCCACUAUUAGUGGCGAGAAUGUCUUUUUAUAUACCAUGCUUAUUUUGCUGUUGGAAAUUUUUACUGGGAUUUUGUUUUUAAAUUCUUAAAAUUUUCAAUUUUUAAUGGAGGGAGUAGAUGUGAUAUGCAUUGUUGGAGUUGUGCCCUGAAAAAUCAAUAUUUAACUUGAUCCA